ACAUUUCUUCUCAACUUGAACGGGGGCACCUCCAGUUUCAGUGUUUUUUUUUCUCCCAAAAUGAUCCUUUAUUUUAACAUAACGGUGUUUGGUAGCUUGUUGACGUCAGCGUCCCAGCAAGAGUCCCCCUUUUUUUGUGGAGCAGUCUGUGGAAAAAAAAAUCAACCAGGAUGCUUUUCACUCUCUGGCCGGACUGCUGCACACACCGCACGGACACUCUGUACAGGAGGCUCGACCACUUGUAAAAGGUGUAAUAGCGGGAUAUGUUUGGAAGAGCGGCGGUGUUAAAGAGGGCCUACGAUGAAAACGUGGACUCCGGAGCUGAGACUGCCGAAUCUGACUGCAGCAGGAUGUCAUCCUCUGGCAUUGCGCUCAUGACCACUCGGGUCAGGCAGCAGAAGCAGCAGCUCCUGCUAAUGAACUUGCAUCUGCUGGCCAACCCUGGAGACUCACUGCUGCUGCAGCACACCCUUGAUCGCCUCCUCCGCUGGCUCUGCCCAACACUCCGCAUCUUCCAUGUGUCAGAGAGGGCCUCCCCAUUCAGAAGUUACACCCGCCUCUGUCCUGUGGCAGGCUACCCUUCUCUGGCCAUCACCUUCUUCCUCCAUGAGGCGUAUGGAGAGGAGCGAAUCCUCAAAGUGCUGGACUUCUUCCAGCGUCCGCCCUGGCAGUACCAUCAUACUGAGAGCUGCGGGAGCCGAACUGGAGGGAUCCACAUUACCUCCAGCAGCUCACCUGCCAAUGCCCUGAUGCGACCGUACCUCCUGCCCAGCAGAGACUUCUAUAGUUUGGGUGCAGGCAUGCCUGUGUGGGGGGUUCGACCGGUGCACUGCGGAGGAGAAAUACUACGUGUAACAAUGUACAGUGUAUAUGACAAUUACGAGGAUAGCGUGCGGCUCUAUGAGACAGUGCUGCAGAGACAGGCAGAGGAGCAGAAGACAGGCUUCUGCUGGUUCACUCUCCACACAGAGCCCGGACUGUGCCUGCAGCUGGCUUUAAAGCAGCUGUCACCAGGGGUUCGGGUGGAGCCAUGCAGCUCUGCCGUGCUGCAGUUUAGUGUGGAAGAAAUUGGCCAGCUCGUCCCUCUCUUGCCCAACCCCUGUACCCCCAUCAGCACCACACGCUGGCAGACAGAAGACCUGGAUGGCAACAAGGUUCUCUUCCAGGUGAAAACCCCAGCUCAACCUCAGCGACCUCUGACCUGCGCUUUCCCCCUGACAUGCCCCAGCGUGUCCCCUCGAGGAAUGCAGCUCAGGAGCUCAGGACAGGGCCACAGCCUGUCACCCUGCAGCUUCACAAUGCCCCUGCCUUGGCAAACUCACAGGCAAAGCCACAGACCGCGCAGUGACCCUGUCCUGGAGAAGCUUUAUGGAGGAGGUGGUGGAGCAGAGAGUCUGGGAUCAGGAAGCUGCUGCAGCACCCCUCCAGGCAGCUCCUGUUACUCAUCCCAGCGCAGCAGCCCUGCUCUGCCCUCAACCACCAAUCACCCUGACUCUCCUCUGCGCCCCUCCAUCACCCGUUCUCUCUCCCAUCUCCUUCUGGAGGAGGAGGAGGAGGAAGCAGAGACCAACGUAGACACGGGAGUGCCCAUCUCACCUCGCUCUGACAAAGCAGUCAAAACAAUUGCUCGCUCUUCCUCCAUGGACCUUUUGAUGACUCUCUGCUCUGAGAGACCUGCAGCUGUUGGGGCUUCAGCUGGUGAGGGACUGGCCAACGAGCUGAUUGAAUGUCUGCCACAGACAAGCACACACCCUCAGGGCCCCUCCAAGACAUGGGGCUCCGCUGGUUCUGCUGAUACAACCAGGAAGGGCUGUGGCAGCAGGAUUGUGGCAGCAGGACAAAGUCCCUCCAAAGGGACCGUGGUGGAGAACAGAACUACUGCUGAGUUGCUGUCAGCACGCACAAACAAAGAGGAGCCAGUCGAUGAGUUCUUCAUCUAAAUCGCUGCCACUGCGUCAUGCUGUGGUAAUGAUCACAAGAGGAGAAACCCUUUAAGAGGAUGAUCUGAAGUCAUGCAGGAGGACACAGGUGUGUAGUCUGACAAAGGGGCAGUGCUCUGGGAUACAGAAGAAGCCAAAGUUCAGCUGCAGGUGAGACUCAGAAGUAAAUUGGUGUCUGUAUUUCCACAAUAUACAGUACCCACCUGCCAAGAGAAUGGUUCAAGAUGAGGCAGUGCAGGUAAUAAUAAUAAUAUUUUGAAGGUUUCAAUUACAUUGCAUUUAGAUCCGUCCAACUAAUGAUUCGUGCAGCUAUUGUGCUAUAAUAUAGACCUAUAAAAAGCAAAACAUGAAGGAAACGCUCUGUAUUAAGCGUUACUGUCAGGGUACUAGUGCCACUCUGGGUUUCUGUAUGUUGUAUGUGUGGGUUUAAUUGCCUUUGAAAGAGAAAAAAGAUGAUCUCCGUGUGAAGUUGCUCUCUGAUGUCACUGAUUUCGUCCAGUUGCUCUCUACAGUGCAGCGCUGUCAGUCUGUGUUACAGGUAUGAAACCUUCACAUAAUAAAAGUAUAGCCUAGUGGCUUUUGAUUACAUUUGUUUAAAUGCACUUGAAAGGAUCCUUGUUUAACACAUUUUAAAUUUGUGUGUUAAAAUGUAUGUAAGUGGUGGACUAGACCGGGCCAAAUUACUGCAUUGAAGAGGACUGAAAUUUGUCACAUAAUUCUUUUUUUUCUUCAGAUAGCCUAAACCAGAUGUUCUAAAUAACUACUUAAAGAGAUCAUUUGGGCAAAAAAGAUUGUGUGUAAUAUAUAUAUAUAUAUAUAUAUAUAUAUAUAUAUAUUUAAUAAUAAUGUAGUCAUUAGUAUGUAAGGUGUUUCAAACAACCCAAAUGGGUCCUGAGACCUCAGAAAUGUUAAUUACUGUAAGUAAUGCCACAGUAAGCUGAGGGAUCAGCAGACAGAUUAACUUAGGUGAAAAUUUAGCAAGUUCACCAUAUAUUGGACUUAGCAGUUAGAGAUGUUAGUCAAAUCCACAACAUUUUUGCACUGUGCUCAUGAUUUAAUUUUAGUUACAGACUGAUACAAAUCUAUAUUUUUAUUAUGUGAGGGCAGUGAAAGGACACUGUCUUCCGCUCUGCUGACAUUCUCCAUCAGCAGUACAUUUUGUAAAGUCGCCAAAAGUUAAUGAGCAAACUCAUGCAACACCAUCCAGUAGACUAAAACAUACAGUUAUGGCGAUGGACCUUCUAAAUUUAACCCACUAACAGAUAAACCUGAAAUCUGUAUUCACUUGUGGUUCUUUAUGGCCAGUAUUUGAUAAAAUGUAUAUGAUUUAAGGUUAUGAGCGGCUCCUGUUGGGCUGCUCACUGGCUGACAGGACAAUGUGGGUUUGCAGGGCAGCUCAGAGGUGUGAAUGUGUUUAACUGUUUACUGUAAAUGGGCGUUACUGGAAAAAAAAAAAAAAAGCUCAGUCAGAGAGCGUCAACUGUGAGGCUCCUUAGAAAUGUCUUAAUAAAAGUAUUAAAAUAUACAUGAAUAAAACAGAUUUCUGUUGUGGUCAGAUUAUACCGGCUA